AUGCAGCUUGGAUGUAUAUCCGAGUAUCGACUUCGAGAAAAACAGAGUCAACUUUGCCAAACACUUGGAAACAAAAAAAUAAAUAUGAAAACAGAAUGCAGUUCGUUAAGCAGAGCGUUUGUGGUAGCGAUUUAUGCAGAUAUAGUGAAUCUUCGAGAAAUUACUAUAAAUGCGGAAGAAAGGAAUUCUUCCUUUGCACAAAAACAGCAAAAAGAAAAUGGAAAAAGCCAAGUUCGGAAAAUUGUUGUGUUAUGUCAAAUAACGCAAGCUAGCUCCUGUUUCAUUUCAGUAGAAGGGGAAGAGUAUAAUUUGAAAGUGUGA